GAUCUGUCUUACAAAAAUCUUGAAAAAUGGGGGGAGAAGUCUCUAAGGUAAUUGGCAAGAGCAAUAGGACGAUCCCUUCAAACUUCCUUCGUCGAAGUUUACAUGACAUAAGAAAAAGAAGGCGUUUUAGAAGGCCAACAAAACAAUCAACACCUUCGAAGAAAGAAUUGCUUUCAUAUGUCAUUGAAGAAGAUGAAGAAAGUCUAGAGAAAAGGGAAUUUACAAUUAAGGAUAUGAAAAAAAUUGAGGCAUAUGAUGAUCAAGAAAGGGUGGCAAAAUUGAUAGAAGCACUUGUUCAAGAAGAAGAUCGUGAAGAAGAGGGGGAUGUUGAAGAUUAUGAAAAUGAUGACAAUAAUAAAGAUGAUCAAAGAAUGAUAAGGCGUAGUAAGGUUGAGGAGGAUGGUGAUGUUGGUCCUGGUUCACCAAGUUUUAGAGUAUUUUUCACAAAUAAUAACAAUGUUGAAGAUAUCAAGAAGAUUAAUGAAGUAACAAUUGGUAACAAGGAUGUCAUUAAGGACAGAACUCCAAUUGCAGCUACCAAUAGACCAACAACCCCUGUUGCUGCUGCCAUACCAUCAUCAAAGGUGGUGCCUGUGGAAACAAAAACAAACGUGAAGAAAGAAACGAAGAGGAAGAGUUUCAGAAGCGUGCUGCCGAAGAAUUUGCUGAACGUUGGAUCAUGUUGCUCUGCGGCUCACUCCAGGCCUGAACAAACUCAUCUUCUUCAAGGAAAAGCACCUGUUUGAUCAGGAAGAACAUCUGCUUGAUUGUCUUUUUGGAAAAAAUAAGCCCAUCACCCUUUGUUAUGUCUACUUAUCAAUUCGAUGUGAAGUGUAUAGUAUAGUUUAGCAAAUUAAAUAUAGCAGGUCCAUUGUAAUGGAAAACUGAGAGAUUAAUAUUAUCAAAUCGUAGAAAACUGAAGAGAUUAGAUUUAUAAGUACAAAAUGUCUUUUUUUUCUUGUUCUGGUUACCACGUAUGUGUAUCAUUUCACACAAAUGGCAUCUGAGAUUGGACCAGACUUGUAGUAUUUGAAAUGUGUGAGUAAGGGUAGAAAAAACAAAGAAAGAGGCAAAAGAAAUUUAGCAGAUGCAAAGGGAGCAUGGAGUAACUGGUAAAGUUGUUGUUGUGCAACCAUGCAAGGUAAGGCAGUAUAUAAUAGAUCUUUGUGGUUCGCCCCUUCCACAAAACCCCAUUCAUAAUAGGAGCUUUAGCACACCAAGCGGCUCUAUGCAAUAUUAUUUUCAAUUCACCAAAUGUGAAAGAGAAGUGGGAUACAUUACCAGGAAAGGCAGAUUACGAACAGAACUAAUUAACAGGUAUUUCCAUCUCUAAUGGGACUAACACAAAAUGAUUCAUGGAUUCAUCCAAGCACAUAAAAUCAACAUCAUAGAACAUGUAGAGGCACUGUUGUAAUAGAGAAACCACAACUACCUUUUUACCCGAUUUUUAGAAGGGAAUAAGGGAAUGGCAAAAGGC